AUGAAAAUCAUUACGUUUCUUUUUAUAAACGUGUUAGGAUUUAAACUACAAGCAGCUUUUUAUUCUAAUGUAUUCUCAAAAUACAUCAAUUUAUUUGAUUUAAAUUUAAAUGAGGGCAUAGAAUGUUCAAAAAUGGAAGAAAUUGUUGAUUUCAUGUUGGGAAUAGGUAUGAUCAAAACGAAAGAGCCUUACUGGCGUUCAAGUUAUUAUAGAACACCGAAUAAUCCUGAAAAAGAAUUAUUAAUGAAACAAGCUUAUAACAUUGAAAAUGUUACAUUUACAAAAAACGUCACUGAACUUAUAUUUGUAGUAAAUGGCAGGCUAGUGACAAUAGAAGAUUUGCCAAUUUUAAGAAUGCUAUUUGGAAUCAUUAAAUAUAAAAAAAAUACUUGGGAAUGUAUUGAUACACUAAAUGAACAAAUUGAAAUUUAUGAAAAUUGUGAUAAAUGCCCUUAUCUUGGUCCUUACACGUAUCAAGUUAUAAUGAAAGAGGAUUAUAUUAAAUUUCGUGAUGCAUGUAAUGAAUUAGAAAAUUUUAAAGGUCAAUCUGUACUAGCUCUUACUAAACGAGCAAUAUGUUUUUAUAUUAAAAAUAAUCCAAAAAUUACUGAUGAAGAUUUAAAUAAUUUUUUACAACAAGAUGAUGGUCUUAUUUUUGAAUGUAGUGAAAAGAUCAAAGAAGCUUUUCUAGAUGCUUGUUGUUGUAGUGAAGAUAUGGUUAUGUUUGAUGAAAAGUAUGUUGCGUUUAUUAAUUAUCUGCAUUAA